AUGGAUAUAUACGACGAGUUCAGUGCGCGGUACCGACCCGAGGCGAUCGUGUCGCCGCCGACGAACCCCGCAGCGCUCGUCCAGGACUCGGUCCAGGGCCGAGGCGUGCCGUUGACGCGCCCGCGCCCAGGGCCGGUGCCGGUGCCGGUGCGCCCGGGCGACGUUGUGCAGCAGGCGCAGGGAAACUAUCUGCCCAAGUAUACCAAGGCAUCGCCGAGCCGCAUGCAGCAGCCGGUGUUUGACCCGAUGUUUUCACCGAGCGCAAGCGCGCAUACCUCGCCACGCAAGACAGCGCGCGAAGAGCACGACGAGCGUGUGCUGUCGGCGGUGAAGCGCUUCGACGCGCUUGCAAUGCCGGACGACGACGAGCGCCCGGAAUCGCCGACGCCCAAGGCGUACAUGCAGAGUCCUCCGCUCGCGCCAGAGGAAGAAGAUUCGAGUGACAUGCUGACCCCCGUGCAAGAGGCGGUCUAUGCACAGUUCUCCGGCGCGGACCUCGACGACCACGAAUGUAUGCCCGACAUUCAGGCUGCCUUUGUCUCGGUCGCGAUGCUCGCUAGUGCGCAGGUGCCGGGCGGACCGAAAGCACAGUGCUCCGUGUACUUUGGCGCAGACCACCCCGAUAACAAGGUCGAGCUACUCGACACAAAAGAGCUUACGCCGGCCACCGCGAAACGCACGCCGCUCACGGCUGCCGCGGUGGUACGCCGUGCAGAGCUGAAUGGCGUGAUCCGUGCACUGCGUCUUCUCCUCCUACAGCCGCUGCGCCGCAAGUGCGUGCACGUAUGUGUGAGCAGCGCGUACGUCGCCAAGGCAUGGGGGACAUGGAUCCCCGACUGGGAGACGAAUGGAUGGCCGGGCGACGAGCCCGAAGCGCGGCCCGGGUCGCGCACCAUGCUGCGCCAGAACUCGAGCUCGCAGGGCUCGCGCGUGCACACGCCCAAUGGCACGUACCUCGACACGGACAACUCGCCGGUGCAGCGCUCGCCACUCUCGCGUUCGCCACGCAAUGACCCCUACCUCGACGACCGCUCGGAAAUCCGGAGCAUGCAGGCGCAGCGUGCGGUGCCGUCGCUCCGCGGCGCCGAACUCCUGAGCACGCCCAAGCGCUCGGCCCUCCGCACGCCCCGCCACCCUGCCGAGAGCGAGUCUUCUUCCGCAGAGAGCCCGCUCGCGCCAGAGUCGGCGUCGCCAAACAGCUCGAGCCGCUCGCGCAAGCGCCGCCUUGUCGACGAGGACCUGCUCAAGGAGCUCGCAGCGCUCCGCGCACAACACGCCGAGGCCGACUACCGCGGCGGCGCGCGUAUCCAUCUCUACUUGAUUGAGCGCACACACAACCCGGCGGCCAUCGCACUGCAUGACACGCCGACGAUGCAGCGCAUUCAGCGCCCUUCGUCGCGCUCGUCCGUUCGUUCCAACACGACGCCGCUGCGUCCCCGCCGCUCGGAGCCGAACCUCGCGCAGCAUGCGCGCUCCCCGGCAGAGAGCGUGCGCUCCCCGGCGAUGGAGAGCGUGAAGUCGCCCGCGCUCGAUGCGCCCCGCAGCCGCAGCCGUGGGUCGGCGCGCGGCGAUGCGUCGCCACUGCCAAAAGCACGCUCGCCGAUCUGGCAGGCGCUGCCGCCCGGCGCGACAUUCGGCACGCCGGUCUACUCGGAGCACUCGCCGAACUCGCCGGCAGCCGACCGCUUCGAGCGGCCCGAGUCUGUGCAAGGGCGCGCGCGCCGUCCUCGUCGGCGCCAGGGGUCGGUGCAGGCCGGCGAUGCGCAAGAGCCCAAGGCGGACGCCGCGGCCGCGCCGUCAGCACUGCCCGCAGCGCAAGCGCAAGCGCAAGCACCACCGCAAGCACCUGCGCAAGCGCCGUCUGCGGCGUCCGAGUCCUCCGACUCCUCCGAACCAAAAGCGCUUACGAUGGAGGCGCUGCAGGAGCACAACCGCCGCACCGGCACGGGCAAGUCGUCGCGCUUCCCCGGCCGCCGUGCAAUGAGCACCAAGUCUGGCGCACGUUCCGAGAGCGGCUUCUCGAUCAUUUCGCGCCUCACCUCGAAAAUGUUCCGCAAGCACGACGCGGCCGGCAAUGCGACGACGAUGCCAACCGAGCAAGUGUCGGAACAAGCUACGCCGGUCGUGCCUGCUCCCCAGAUCCCCGAUGCGCCGACGCCGCGCGCGGCGCCCGCCUCGGUGCCCGUCAUGCAGCCUGCGCCCCAAGUGUAUACCUCUCCCCGCCCUUCUGCGCAUGUUGCGGCGCCCGAUGCGACCAAGGCCCCCGCUGCGGCGCCCCAAGCGCCGGUGCGCCCCAACGACAAUGCGCUCGGGAUUGUGCUAAAGAACACGCCCGACACGUCGCGUGCGCCGUCCGUGCUCGCCGAAGCACCGAGCCCCCGCCCCAGCGAGGCGCCGAGCACGCGCCCCGUCCGCCGGCGCAUGCCGCGGUCUGCGCCCUCCUCGACGUCGCACCCUGAUCUGCGCAAGAGUGCCCAAGCCCAGGCCGCGCCUGCGCUCCCCACCGAGUUUACGUGGGAUGCCCCCGUGCCGGCGACGCGGUCGCCACGCGUCGCCGCGCCGCGUGUCGCCUCGCCCGCCCACAUGUCGCGCGGCACCGCGUGGCUCGCGAGCGAGGCGCAGUUUGCGCCGACGCCGGUGCAUCCUGCCGACCGAGUCCGCCGCGCGCCCGAGCCUGUGGACGACGGAUUCGGGAGCUCGGCGGCGCUGCCCAACUCUUCGCCGUACGCGCGCCGCACCGCGCGGCACGGCGCGACGUCGUACUCUGCCCGCGGCGCCCAGUUCGUAGCGGAUUCCGCGUCCGAGUCUGAGUAG